AUGUCGUCGUCGUCCUCAAGAGCACAAGAUCCUCAGGAUAGCGUCGAUGCCUCGAAUCAAACGCACACAACACCGCCUCGCGCAAUUUUGACACCGAAACCGAAUUUACACUUGACGUCACCUCGAAGAAACCCAGAAAGCCCUGGGGACCCUGAUACGAUACCAAAGUUCACUUUCUCUGCAGGGAAUGAGCCGUCGUUCGGUGCUCGCGUGACACCUCCUGCACCACAAUUUGCUGGUUUCGGCGGAGCGGGCCGUGAUCAGGGUGACCAUGUAUUCACAUUUCGCUCUCUUUACAACGCUACACCCUCUCCAUCACCUCAACCAUCGCCUCAGGCAACACCUACACGAAUGCCAAGGCUCUCCCGAACCGAGUUCGACUUCACAAGACUGUCGAUAAAGGAAACCUCGCCUCGGCCUUCGAAUAGUUUGCAGCUUCAGGUUGCUGCAACUGGGCAACUAUCAAGUUUUCAAGCUGUCACCGAUCAGAAGAGCCAGCCAACUCCCUACAGCGUUCUGGAUGAGGAGCCUCCAGCGCAUCCGCUGUUUACCUCAGUGUUUCAGUCUGCUUUGAAGGACGGUAUUGCCGUUUCAAAGGACGCGAUGACAAUCAUCAAGCAUACAAAUCGUUUUUCGGAUGACAGUGACCUUUCGAGGCUGCUUCAUGACGCUGAAGACCUCAGCAACUUUGCUUGCUCUGGCACUAAGACAAUUGCUGUUCUAGGAGACUCCGGCCAAGGCAAGAGUAGUCUCAUUAACUCUCUGCUUGAUUUCCCAGAUAUUGCCAAAACAGGUGAUAUCGGUUCCGCUUGUACGUCAGUUGUUACUGAAUACAAACAAAAACGGAAAGAGCACGUUGCGCCCAUCACGAUUGAAGUAGAGUACCUUUCCGAGAUAGAAAUUGAAGAGAUGGUGAAGGAACUUUUAUGGAGCUACCGACAGCUCUUUUUGCCUGGCGUUGAUUCCGAUAUCACGUCCGACGCCGAUCACGCUCGCUAUACUCGAGAAUCGGAGCAGGCAUGGUGUGCAUUGGAAGCCGCCUUCGGCCACCAGCCGGGGUUCCAGAAGUCGAUGUUACAAGAUAUGUCAGAAGGGGCCCUAGGUAUGAUCGAGGAGCGUUUGAUAGGAUGGACUCGCACUCUCAACUGGCCAACUACUGACAAAAAGGGAUUUUGGACAUCGACUGCUUUGACAGCUGAUGAAUGCUGGGAGAAGACGAACAUCUUCAUGCAAGAUCGUUACUGGCCAUUCACUAAAAUUAUUCGCAUCUAUCUGAGUGCUAGCGUCCUUAAGACUGGACUGGUUCUGGCAGACUUGCCUGACCAGUCUUUGAAGUCAUCGCUGUAUGCGGUCUUGACCAGGCAUAUUCCCCUCGCGUGGGAGGAAUCAGGGGGUAAGGGCCUGAAUAUCGCUGUUGUCUGCACGAAGUCUGAGGAAAUAAACCUCAAGGCUGCGAGGACAGAGUUCUGUGGCCCCAACAAGGUUAUCUCCAACGCCAUUAUGGAUUCGCUUGACAAGAACCUGGAAGAGGCGAAAGAGACGAGUGACUACCACCGCAAGAAAGAUAUCAAGCGGAAGCAACAGAUCUUGCUCAUGGAUGCGAGGAACAAGCACGUCAAAGAAGGUCUGCAAAAAGCCUAUGCUUCGAAAGUACCUGGUGGAAAACUCGACGUCUUCUGUGUCUCCAAUGUCAUGUACGAGAAGUAUUCCAGGAAAGGAAACACAGAGCUUGUUCGGGCCAGCUGUAUCCCGGAGGUCCGCCGACUGUGCUAUAGCAUCACUUCAGACGCCCAAUUUGCGGAAGGGAAUCAUUUCCUGCGGUCGGAGGUGUCCAAUUUGCUCACUUCUUUAGAUCUUUGGGCAAAAAGCGCUUCAACUUCGAAGCAAGAACGUGACGACGGUCUUGAUGAUGUCAGAUACCCAAGCGCUUCGCAAGUUCGCAUCAAGUUCGACGAGUGUUUCAGAGAACAGGUACUUGAAUUUUUGGAGAAGAGACAUCUGGACUGGGAGAAAGCAGCCAUCGUGGAAGGAAACCGCUGGAAACAGUGGCACUGGAGCAAGUCUGCCCCUCUAGAUGGUCGCCCUUCAUAUGCUGACAACGACUCCGACAUAGCGCAAUACUACGCUUUCUGCCUCAACAAUGGUCAUCACGUGACCUCGAUGCGCGAGAGAGAAGACUGGAACGCCAAGAUACUGUGGAAGAUGCGAAUGGAACUAGAAUAUCAAUGGGACCUGGUGGAAGAUGAAUUACCCCAAUUGUUCACUAGCGUGAUGGAUACAGUGAGGAUCGAACUUGUUUACCUAAAAGAUCAGAUCCAAAAUUCAUCCUCGACGAAGAUUUGCAGCAUACUUCUCGAGGGGGUUGAUGCCAGAAUGAGGAGCAUCGAGUACAGCAUUGAGCUUGUUAAAGAGACCUUGACAACAGAGAUAAGGCUCAUCCGAAACAAUGCGUCAGAGUCGAACUACAACUCAUAUAUCCUGAAAGAGAUGAUUCCGGUAUAUCGGUCUGCUUCCAGCCAAUGUGGUAUUGGUAGGGAUGGCCGGCAAAAAGAGGUUGUCCACGGAAGACUCGAAGAUGGUACGAUCUUUCCAAACAUAUCGGUCAUCAUAGCAGAUAAGAUAAAAUGUGCGAUCAAAAGAACAAAGAAGGAUCUUACUACAGUUCUAAAGCAGCAGAUGACUCUCAUCAGGAACGACAUCGAUCUGGCUAUUACGGCGCAGCAAAAUGAUGGCAGUCGUCUGUCCAGGCAGGGGCCCGCCUUGGAGAUUGAGCGGUUGAAGGAACGGCACUUUGCGCUACUUGAGUCUUUGUCAUCUCUUACAUAG